AGGGAGCAGCCAUGCAGGUGCUCACAAAGCGCUACCCCAAGAACUGCCUGUUGACUGUCAUGGACCGCUACUCGGCUGUGGUGCACAACAUGGAGCAGGUGGUGAUGAUCCCCAGCCUUCUGCGUGACGUACAGCUGAAUGGGCCUGGGGGCCAGGCACAGACGGGGGACCCUGAUCUCUACACCUACUUCACCAUGCUCAAGGCCAUCUGUGUGGAUGUGGACCAUGGGUUGCUGCCCCGGGAGGAGUGGCAGGCCAAGGUGGCAGGCGGCGAAGUGGACGAGGCUGAGAAUGAAGCUGCUGAGACGGAGGAGGCCGAGGAGGAGAGGAUCUCAGGGGAGCUGGGCCUGGAAGCCCAGUUCCAUCUGCACUUCUCCAGCCUCCAUCACAUCCUCACCCAUCUCACUUUGAAAGCCCAGGAGGUGACGAGGAAAUACCAGGAAAUGACGGGACAGGUCCUGUAGGCCUUGGACUCUAGGGAAGAUCACCUAUGCAGUAGAAGACGGACUCUACGAAGGACACGCAGCUGUUUGCUAGCUCUGACAACAAGAUCAGAAAAGCCUAGGCCUGCAGCAGGAAGUGAAGGGAAGCAACUUCGGUCUCUGAUCUGCUUCCCUAUCUGCCUCUGCACGCUAAUUUGCAGACUCCAGUCACUGGCUCACCUUUAGGAUGUUGCUAUUCAUAACUCCCUUGCUCCUCUUGGCUUGGGGUGGUGCAGUAGUCAGCUUUCAUCACUUUCUAUAAAAAUACCUGAUAGGAGCGUCUUCAGAAGGAAGGUUUGUGUUUGGAGAAUCACAGGCCAAGAUGAGUGGCCUGAAUGGUUCAACCAUCUGGAGCAGCCAGAGCUUGGUGGAUAUUACACGGCUAAUCAGGAAGAAGGAACAAGGAGACUCAUGUGUUCUCUGUGGUCUCAUAAUGGCAUCACAGUUGGAUUCCUGGGCACCACCUCAUUGGCUUUAUAAAAUCCAAUCAUUUCCCUAAGGCCCCAGCUUCAGACACAACUGGAUCAAACCUCUGUCCUUACCAACAAACUGUUUAUCUAUUACCUAAAGCUUUGGGGCUUCUUAAGUUUGGGGAGUUACAUGCUGUUCAAACCUAACAGGUGGCUCAUGUGGGACAAAUUACCUAUCUUCUGAUAUGGUCAAGAAUAUAGGUGUUAGCUUGUGACCAAAACUCACAUCCCUCUUCUUGGCAGUCAUUCACUAUGGAACCCUGGGCAAAAAGUGAAACCCUCAGAGCCUAAAUUUCCUCAUUUGUAGAAUGAGGAUAUUAUCUACCUCAUAUGGUUAUGGAUAUUAAAGAUGAUGAUGAGAAGCACCUGGCAUGUGAGAGCUAACAGGCUGAGUUUUCUCCCUACUCAUUCAUGCAUUUGUUCCAGCCCUUGUUUUUUGCUCUUCAGAACUAACAGGGAGCAGAGUCCCUUGGAAUGAGUGUUUCACCCUAUUGUAUCUGCUGACCACAGAUGAGAAGCACAGGUGAAUGUUAAGCCUAUUUAUUGCAGUACCAAUAUAAAACAUUUGCUGGUA